AUGGUGUGCAGCGGCACAGAAGUCGCCGACGGUAGCAGAGGCGGCGCCCCUGGUCUCGAUCAUGGUCAGUCAAGGCACGACGUUCUGCACUCCUUGCCGUUGCUCGUCUUCGAACACCAGCCCACUCAGACAGAGACGACCCGCGCACAUGAAGACGAUGGCGACGAUGGUGUUCGCGAGAUGAUCAUGUUUAGCAUCUCGGAAGAGAGAACAUACACAGGAGAGGCGAGACCCGCGAUGCUAUCGCCUGAGGACAAGAUGUGUUCCGCCACCCCGCAGGGCUGGACCUUAAUCACGCAGGACGCUCCGCCGUGGCAAGCAUGGCUGUGGCACCCGCUCACCGGGGAGACGAUACCGCUCCCGCCGAUCCAAGACGACCACUACAUCCCCACCAACAGCUCCUGCCUCCUGACCCACAGCUCCGCCGCUCACCCCGACUGCGCCGUCGUCGUGCUCGACGUCUGCGACCCAAACAUGUGGUUCUGCCGGAUCAACGGAGGGAGCAGCAGGGCAUGGGGGCAGCACACGUACGACGUUGGCGAGUACAUUCUCCCGGACAAGGACGACGACUCCACCCCCACCAAGAAGAUCAUCCCCAACGUCGUCGCCGCGCUGGGAGGGAAGCUGCACUUCGUCUUCUCGGAAUCAAACAAGAAAUACGAGAUGGGCGUUGUUGACCUGGAUUUCAGCACUCCUUCUCCUACCGCCGAGCUCCGCACACUCGAGGGGGUCGACGCAGCUACCAGCUUCCCCGAAGGCAUGUGUUCCGGCGUGCCCUGGCUGCUGGAGUCCGAGGGGGAGCUGUUCCAAGUUAGCGUCUGCUUCCGGGAGUUCGACGCCCACGACGUCGGCGCCGUGCUUGUCCACAGGAUGGAUUUCGACGGCGACCGUGGUGGUCGCUGGCGCAGGGUGCACGACAUUGGAGACAGGGUGUUCUUGUUGCCUCACGAUGGCAAUGCGGUUUCUUGCUCUGCAAGCGCGUGCAGCCUGCAAGGGAACCGCGUCUACUUCAUGAAGAACUUCGUACAGGACGAUGGGAAUCUCUGCAUCUACGACCUCAAGGACCAGGUGAUGAAGAUUGUUGCUGUUCAUGAACGAGAACUGACUCUUGCACGCGUGAAACCUUAUUGGAUUGUACCGCCUGUCUAA